GAUCCGUUCUCUGGGAAGGUUCUCGAUAACAGGCAAAAGCCUCACUUCAGUAAAGUCGUAUAGUGUUAGUAUUGAAAUGAACAGGAUGAAUAAGGGCAAGGUGGCUAUAGUCACAGCAUCUACUGAAGGGAUUGGAUAUGCUAUAGCUAAAAGACUAGGAAAUGAGGGUGCAUUUGUAGUAAUAUGUAGUAGGAAGGAUACCAACGUUCGGAGAGCUGUUAAAGAGCUUCGUAGAGAAGGAAUAACUGUUGAGGGCGUAGCAUGCCAUGUUGCGGAUGCAGAACAGAGAAAGACAUUAUUUGAUACUGCCAAUGCUAAAUUUGGGGGUCUGGAUAUAUUAGUAUCAAAUGCUGGAGUUAAUCCAGGAGCGUCGCCAGUGUUAGAGGCAGAAGAUGCCACGUGGAACAAAAUAUUUGAAGUGAACGUGAAAAGCUCUUGGUUGCUGGCCAAGGAAGCCUACCCUUAUCUCGUCAGGCGAGGCGGUGGUAGCAUUGUGUUUAUUUCAUCCAUAGUUGGAUAUAAACCUGUGUGGCCUAUAGGUCUCUACAGUGUGAGUAAGACAACAUUGAUCGGGUUGACUAAGGCUAUUGCCAAUGAAGUUGCGCGUGACAACAUAAGAGUUAACUGUGUGGCGCCUGGCGUUAUUGAUACAAAAUUUGCUUCGAUAGUAAGAAAGUUUAUGAAGCUUACUGAUGGUUCGGAAGAUCUUUGGAAGGAAAUUUUACCGCAAAUACCAAUGCGAAGGCUGGGACAGCCAUCAGAAAUAGCUGGAGUCGUGGCGUUUCUGGCUUCCAACGACGCCAGCUUCAUCACCGGCGAGACCGUCGUGGCGGCGGGAGGGACCCACGCCCAUUUAUAA